GCUGCCCAACCAGAUUCAACCCCCGUUCCCAAACUCCUUCCUCCGCCCCAAAUCUUCCUUAUUCCCCCUCCAAGAUGGAGGCGCUGGAGGUUUUGGGGGGCUACCCGACCAAGCCCUUAAACCCGAGAGCCCGAAUGGUCAGGGUUCUACUGAGUAUGACGGUGUGCAUGGGAUGUUUAUUAAUGCUACAUAGUUUUCUCAAAAUCUCCAAGUCCAGGAAGCCGCAAGAUUUCUAUUCUUUUGAGGUGAAGGACGCCAAAGGGAGAAGCGUUUCUUUGGAGAGAUACCGAGGCAAAGCUUCCCCUCUGGCACAGGCGUCUCUGGUUGUCAACGUGGCGAGCCACAGCGAACACACUGAGAUGAACUAUCGCUCUCUGCAGGAGCUGCACCAGGAAUUGGGUACGUCCCAUUUCAACGUCCUGGCUUUUCCCUGCGGCCAGUUCGGGGAGACCGAGAUGUCGGCCAGUCGGGACAUCGAGGCCUACGCCAAGAACACCUAUGGCGUCACCUUCACCAUCUUCAGUAAGGUCAAAAUCAUGGGGUCGGAGGCGGAGCCAGCCUUCAAAUUCAUAACAGAUUCUGUGAAGAAGGUUCCGAAGUGGAACUUCUGGAAGUUCCUGGUGAACCCUGAGGGCCAGGUGGUGAGGUUCUGGAAGGCAGAGGAGCCCGUCGACAGCGUUCGUCAGGAGGCCAUAACCAUGGUGCGUCAGAUUAUUCUAAAGAAAAGGACAGAGCUCUGACGGGAUGACGAGGAGUGGAAUAAAGACACCUCUGAUGGUUUCAGAGAUUGAAUGGAAGGUUUAUGAGGUAUUACUUAAGAUACAAAGUCAACUCUGUUGUCAGGUGCUGAGUGGUGACUUUAGGGCUAGUGCCUUGUGGUAUGGGAAAGGACUUGCCAUUAUUUUUCUGAAGAUGAAGACUGAAGAUGAUGACUAUUGCAAUAAGAGAUUAAAGGGUGUGUGUGUUAUGCCACUAAGAGGGUGACACUGACAUUUCCUGACAACAACCAGGUCCAUAGUGAAUUCCCUGACAACAACCAGGUCCAUAGUGAAUUCCCUGACAACUACCAGGUCCAUAGUGAAUUCCCUGACAACUACCAGGUCCAUAGUGAAUUCCCUGACAACUACCAGGUCCAUAGUGAAUUCCCUGACAACUACCAGGUCCAUAGUGAAUUCCCUGACAACUACCAGGUCCAUAGUGAAUUCCCUGACAACUACCAGGUCCAUAGUGAAUUCCCUGACAACUACCAGGUCCAUAGUGAAUUCCCUGACAACUACCAGGUCCAUAGUGAAUUCCCUGACAACUACCAGGUCCAUAGUGAAUUCCCUGACAACCACCAUGGCUUGUUAAACCAGUUUAAUCACCUCAAAGAACCACUUUUAUGUGUAACUUAGAUAUGUCUGAUUUAAAGCAGGUUGUUACUUGUUUUGUCAUUGCCAGAUUAAAAGACUGUUCUUUACACAUGUUAA